AUGGAAAAAACGACGCUUGGGGCCGACACCGUGAGUAUGAACGGGGUCAUCGGCGCAUGCGACGCAGGGGGAAAGUGGCAGCAGGCGUUGUCAUUGAUCGGCGAUUUGUGGGAAGCAAAUCUGGAGAUGGACACCGCAGUCUACAAUAUCGCGCUGCGGAUGUGCGCGAAUGGUGAGCAAUGGCAACAGGCAUCCCGAUUGUUCUCCGCAAUGAAAGCAGGAGUGGCGGAGCUGGAUGCCAUGAGCUACAGCACCAAAACCCAAGUAGAUCUUGGUGCGGCUCUUGGGGCUGUACGUGUCAGCUCCGUCGACACGCCGUAG